AUGAUUCUAAUCUUUGCUUCUUUUCUAUGCUUCCUUGGAGGAAUCGACGCUCAAUUAGCAUGUGCGUCGUGUAACGAUUACCAGGACGACCUCUUUCCAUCGGGUUCCAGUUUCCCUCGAGUGAAAUUGGUGUUUAAUAGUUUCAUCGGCGACGAUGGUUGCAAAGUUGGCAGUUUCAAGUGCAUUAGCUUGGAGAAAGGAUACAACAGUACAGCUGUCAUUAUGAACCCGACAACUGAGAGUCGUCUAUCCAUUGCGGUUGGAGUUGGACUGACGGAUUCACUGUUAGAAAGAGGACGUCUCCCCAACCAACUACUCCUACCACAACCACUACUACGGUUAAGCCUACUACAACUACUUCUGAUUGUGGACAAUAGGAUGGAUUCUUCAAUCAUGGAACGCGACGAAAAUGACUGUAAGAUUGCUGUCUUUCAAUGUGUUGUACUCAAUCCCAAGUGCAUAGCCACUUCAUAUGUUGUUGCUUCAUAUGUUGAUGCUAGUGGCAACCGACAAAUGACCUAUCCCGCUAGUAGCAUCAUAAGCGAUGGUGGAAGUAUGAAAUGUGAUGUACUGAGCAGUGGUGCUGGUUGGAGACUUAAAGAUUCCGACGGUGUCAGUGAUGACGUUCGUGCCAUCUCCUUGGCCCUUCAACACCCGAAAACUGAAAUUUUGGCUUUCACAGCGGUCCAUGGAUGUGUUACCGUGGACCAGGCAUGUGCAAAUAUCAAAAGAACAAUUCGAGCGAAUCAAGGAACCCAAAAACUCCAAAUUCCUGUUUUUAAAGGCGCAUCCAAAUCAAUCCUGUCGCUUCCCAAAGAUGAUACGGUAUCCGAUUUUUUUGGAAUCGAUGGAAUUGGAGAUAAGCCAGAGGAGUUCCCAAAAGUUGAGCAAUCCGAUUUCGAUGGAGAAGGGAAGCAUGCCGGAACCAUCGGUCCCUUAACCAACGUCGCUAUUGCUCUCCAACUUUGCGAUGAAUUCGCCACGUACCCAUCGAGAAUGGUGAUCAUGGGCGGGAACUACUAUGCAGUGGGAAAUGUUGAUGGAGGCUCCUCAGCCGAGUACAAUUUCCAUGGAGACCCGGAAGCGGCAAGUAUUGUGCUCAGACGUAUGAAAUGUCCCAUCACGAUUGUCCCAUGGGAGGCAUUCUAUUUCGAGUCCAAGGUUCACAACGAAUCGGUAGAUUUUUCGGCACAUCUCAAGUAUCCAACCCCAUUGGCUGGGUAUUUGUCCAUGGCGACACAUAUUGGCCGCAUAAAGUGUGAAGCCAAUGGACGUCAAUAUUCGUACUGUGAUGAGAUCGCUGUAGCUACAGCGAUUGAUGAGGACAAAAUUGCCAAAAACUCGCAAUAUUUGUAUGUGGAUGUAGAGCUCAAUGGUACAAAGACCCGUGGACAGGUGGUGGUGGAUUGGACUGAGCAAUUGUGGUCCAAUGAGGAGGCACCGAAUAAGCACACUCAUUUCCGAGUCAAGUUCGUCACCUCGUACGACGUCCACACCGUGGACAAGUGGCUCCAUGCAGCCACUUCUGGGAGUGGCAAUUUUGAAUAA